AUGACCGAGCGGUCCAGAUUGAAUGUCACUGAGAUUGAUAUGUCUAUGGUGGACGAUCGGAAUGACGUUUCUUGUGACGAGGCACGUCGGGUGUUACGGCGCUUAGAAUUAGAAGCCUACUCGUCCAUUACCAGUGCCUUGCGGGCACAAGGCGAUUUGUGCAAGGAAAAAAAGCAAUUACUCCAGGAUAUAUGUUAUCAGCUAGGAAUUUCUACUGAAAGAUAUCGGGCUGAACUUCGUCGUGCUGCUAACGAUGAUAUGUUAACAACUAUCGCUAAUAGAUUAUCUGGGUCAAACAGUUCCGAAGAAUGGCUCUCUGAGGGCCGACGUCUCGCACCAGUUGUGCCUCGUCUUGUACCUCAAACCGUACUUUCUCCAAUUGCUAAUGCGGCUGCAACUACGUCUUUUAUGAUUGCUAGCGGUAGACCUCCUACUAUCGAAACCAUUUCAUUGACUAAAAGUGAUAAGCAAGAUUUAAAUAUUAAUGGAGCGCAUAACUCUAUCGAACUACCAUCAUUUGCGGAUAAACAAAGCAAAAUUACUCCAAACGGUACCACUGAUGAAAAGAAUGAUUCCACAUCGAAUCCUGCUGUUCGUGUAAAACGUAAGCGUCGUAUGCCUAUGAGUGACAGUAAUAAUCGUGAUCGCUCCAAGCUGUCCAAAUCGGCGUCCUUACAUGCUUUAACUUCUAAGUUAUCUAAACAAACUGCAGUGGUAUCACCAUCUAGCGAAAUCAUAGCACAAAUUAUGAAUCCUGUUACCAGUGAAGCAGUGACUGCAACUAUUAACAAAAAAUCAAAUCGUAGUAAUAGUAUAACUUCUGCUUCUCAAUCUAUAUCACCUAUUGAGACAAAUAGAAAGAAUUUGAUGCCAUCAUCCAAAAAACAACGUUCAAAUUUAACAUCUGCUGCCUCAAGUAUUGAAAAUCGCCAUUCUUCUACUACUACUGUAACAACAACUACUACCACUGCGAGUAGUGCCUCACCUUCGUCAUCACUGCAAGUUAAUAAAUCAACUUCAAAGCAAGUUAAUAAACAUAGAAAAUACCCGUCAAAUAUAAAAACAUCUAAAUCAUUCUUUACCAAUUCAUCUGCUAGUCUCACGACGGCUUCCGCUAGCAUAAAAACGACAGUAUCAUCGAUUAGUGGUUCUACAUCGACUAAAAUUAAAGUUAAGCUUCCAAGACAACGAUCAAAAGCUACCAAAUCAAAAAUUUCUUUAGUAGUACCUGCCAUGAUCAAACCUGAUAAAGUUAAGUCAGCUACUACUGUAGCUUCUGGAGCCACAACCUCUUCUACUUCAGUAUCCGUUGUCAAUCGUACCGGUAUAUUAACAUCUACCUCAUCAAUACCAACUACUGCCGUCUCCGAGUCAAAAGGAAUAAGUAACAUUACCUCCUUAUUAAGGACGACAGCUAAGCAAAAUCGCCUUGCAACAACAACUAUCUCGACGUCAUCUCCUUUUUGUUCAAAUCCUACGCCAACUGAACAACAUUCGACUAAUUCUGUUGUUGCUACAAUGGGUAGUCAAAAUAUAACUCAUAGUGCAUUGAAUUCUACGCCUAGAUUUACGGUUCCCAUAGAUAUUAGGAAUUUACAAGAUCAAAGUAGGAAAUUGACAGAAAGUCUAAAUAAAACAAUUUUAAGCACUUCGUUGCAACGUAACUCAUCCAAGGCCACAUCUAAAUUGUUAUCAGAGAUUAGCAAAUCUAAAACAACUGGUCUCUCAGAAAAUACGACACGUGGAAUUUUAGAUAGACAACAAAAACGGAGCGAAACGACUAACCAGGGUAAUAUAACUCAGCCAUUUGGAAAAUCUGACAAUAAGAAUACGAAAAAACAGGAUGGGCAGAAUACAAUAGCUUCCCUUGCUAUGCAAUCUGCAGAACACGAUGAGUCACAAGAUCAGUCUCCCACAAAACCAUCUUUGACGAAUUUAACUAGUAAACUAGGAUUAGAAUUUUCGAAAUCUGUAAACGCCCAUAUUGGUGGCUUUGACGAUGCUAAGAAGAAUAAUAACACUAGUAAUAUAAAAACAGAUAAUAAAGAACUAGAGAUUGAUACUUGUCAUCUGCGGAAAGAAAGCGCAAUUGACAGUAGCACGCCAGUAGUCAACGUUACAAAGAGUACCGACGAAAACGUUGAGAAUAGAGGAAUAAUAUCAGUAAAAACUGUGGACUCCUCGAAUGAUGAUAUGAUGGAAGAGAAAGCUUUCUCCCAAGUGGAAAGUAAUGCUAUAGAUGAAACUAUCGGCGAAUCAAAGGAUCAUAUUAAUGAAAGAACUGCUAACUUACAAGAAGACAUUAUGGUAGCCACCGAUGACCAUGAUUAUUGUAUAGAUAGUUCUACGCUAUCCCAUAAAGUUAGCGAAAAAGUGACUUGCUCCGAUAUCUCCUUGCAAAGUAGCUCAAAUGCUAACGAGGCAGAAUCUCCGAAGAUGCAAACAGAAACUGAUCGCAUGGAUUUCUUUGAAAUGAGCACUAAUGGAAGUGAAACAUCAGAAUCUAAUAAUCAAAUUGACAAAGGUACUACAGUGGUAACUAGCGAUGACUUAAAGGAAGAUCGAUCCUAUAAUUUAACUUCACAUAUUGAUGAUGGCGAAGCGGUCAUGGACAAUGGAACGGCUGACAUGGUAUCGGUGAUAAGUACGGAUGAUAGGUCAAAUCACAAGUGUGAAUUAUCAAAUGUUUCUGGUGAUGGCAAUUCGAUAUCGAUGACGGAAGCUAUCGCUGGAGCUACUGCGGCUAAAGCUACUGAUGAAAGUACUAACGUUAGACAAAUUGACGUAACAAACGAUUUCGAAAUAGUUGUUGAAAAAAUUGAAGUGGGCAGCGGUAAAAUUCAUCAUGUUGCCCAUGCAGAAUCAAAUAUUAAGAUGGAAAGCAUGGAAAAAGCGACGACGUAUACUGAUCUUUUUGAUACUAUCAGUGAGGACUCUAUGCCUGACAAUAAUUCAGAAGUUCCAAUGUCAAUCGAUGUAACUGAUACUGAAGUAGAUGCCACCGAUAGCUGUAAUUAUAACGAAUCAGAGGCUACAACAAAACUAACUGGUAACUCUCAAUCCCAGCGAGAAGUCGCAGAUGUUACUGUAAGACCAGAUUAUGUCGAACGCGAUAGUGUUAAUGUAAUUGUAGGUGCAAAAUUUGAUAUGGAGAAUCCGAACAAAGCGAAAGUCGGAGUAAAGGUAAAAGAUGACGACACAGAUAUUAUCCUAGAAUCUAACACUGAAGUUGGUAAUACCAGUUGGACUGAGAUAAAAAAUAAUUACAAUGAGGUAAGAGAUAGUAGUCAUCUCACGCCGAAUGAUAGUGAAGCAGAUCCAGCUGUUAUUCAAGGUACCGAAGCAGAAUUAGCAGCCCAAGUAGAUGAUAGUGAAGGAGGUGAGGUGGUUACUGAAAACCUUACCAACGUUAGCAGCGAGUCACAGGCUGAGAUAAAUAGCGUUGGAAUCCUAGAGAUAGAUGCAGACUUCAACAAAGGUACUAGCAGCGAAGUCUACACUGAUAUCGAUAUACAUUUGGAAGGUAAUCUGCUUAAAGAAAGUGUCCGAAAUACUGAUGUUAUACCAAUGGCUACCAUAGAUGCAAAAGAAGACAAAGUUUUAGAUAACACUACAAAUCUGGAAAUUGAGUCUGGUGGAAAGGAAAAUCUAAUGACCAAAGUGAGUGCUAAUUUGGUCGAAGCAAAGUUAGAAGAUGAUAACGCUGAUAACGCAAAGUUUAAAGAUGAAACUACGGGUAUUAAGCCAGAUGACAGUAAAUACUUGGACAAGAAAACCGUACAGAUAGAGGAUUCUAACGUCACCGAAUGUAGCAUUAUGUCUUCCACAUUACGUGGAGACAAUGAUAAUGUUAAACAAGCAGAUAUUGCAACUGAGAAGAUAGACUCUGUCUCGUUCGAGACGCGAAAUAGUGGAUCAAGUCCCAAAAUAGUUAGUGUUUCAUCAUAUUCCAACUUUGAUGAGUUACCCUUGAGAAGCGUUAGCACUGAAAUAACUGCAGUCGAUAGUUUUAAAAAUACUAAAUUUCGUGCUAAAUUAAAUAUCCAAGAGGAUGCAAUGAGGACAGUGAAUAAUGCAAACUACAAUGUACCACAAGUGGAGAAAUCUAAGAUUGAAUCGAAUUUAGGCAAUUUUACAGAUGUCGCCCGAGUGGUCAAACCUGAAUCAAGGAAUGAACUGGCUCAAAGGACUUACGUUGUUGAAAACUCGAUUUCUGAAGAAUCUUUAAAAAAAGAUACUGUCUCCGAUGCAAACUCGACUUCUGUUUCUGAUGUAAUAAGUUUUAUGGAUUUUGGAAUUAGUAAUCGAAGAACUGAAAUUACUAACAUUGGUUCAAAUACCAAAAUAUUUAAUUCCAAAGAAGAGAACAUGGAUAGCAAUGCUAGUUUGACAAAUAGUAUUACCAUCAACUCUAGCUGUACAGCACUAAAUUACGAUGAGACAAGACUAACCGCUGAUAAGUCUGAGACUGCUAAUUUAAUUGCAGGUUCUGAGAUAGGUAACAAUGUUACAGGUAAGAUCUUAAACUUGGGAACUGAAGUUGCUAGUCUUGUUGAUAACAAUCAAACGACUAGCGAAGUUAAUUCCGGAAAAGAAGCUAAAAAUACGAAUGUUAAAGUCUGCGAAUCAAAUAAAUCUACAUCGGAAAAUCAAUCCACGAAUAUUUUGAAUGUUGUAUCUCUCGAUUCCUUUGCAAAUGUUACGGACUUUGAUCAUGAAAAUAUAAGAAGCACUAGCCCAAAUACUGUCGAUAUAGAUGCAAAUGAUGUAUCGAACGAUUUGCUGAGGAAAUCUGAAACAAUCGUACAUACAUUUAGUAAUUCAGAAAUUGAAAUGGAGAACAAUAAUGAAUCUUCCGAUGUAUCAAUAUAUGCUAACGAGUUACCUCUCGAUAAUAAAUUAGAGACAGUAGACGAAGUGCCAACUGAAAGUACGGACUCUGAAGAUAUCCUUACCAGUGAUGACCAGUCGGCGAUAUCUGAUUCGAUGUACAAUAUCGCUGUAAACUCGAAUCAUCAAAGUAUUGAUAAUGGAUCGUCUCAAUUUAAUAACAAUCAAAUUUAUGGAAAUUUUCGAAAUACGUUAUUCUCCGAAAAUGAAUUGAUUAGAGUUGAAGAAACAAAAAACUUGAAAGAUUUUCCUGAUAAUAUAAUGAUCCGAGAUAUAUCAACUGUAGCCAAUAAAGUUUUACCUAUAGAUAUUCUUGAAGAUGAUAAACGAAGUAAUGUCGAUAACUGUUCGCCUGGUACAAGCAACAACGAUAAUGGAAAUGAUUUGGAUAGUUCAGAUAAAGCGGAUGUUGUAAAAGAUUCUAGCAAUGGUCAUAUGGAUAUUAAUUCGAAUGAAAUCGCUGUUAAUAAAUCAAACCAUGUCGAUGAUUUUAAAACAAUCCUCAAAAGAAAGAAAAAUUCGAAACGUAAAAGAAAAAUUGAAAUUUCAAAUAAACGAAGCCUGAAUUCAUUAGGAGUAGAACAGAAGUGGAUAAAAGCUGCUUUCAAAUUUAAAGGUAGUGGAAGACCCAAAAAGACAUAUACUGCAGCGUCUUGGUUUUUAAAACCAGUGGAAGAAAAUCAUGCCCCCGGAUAUUACGAUGUUAUCACAAAUCCUAUGGAUUUCAGCACUAUUAGAAAGAAGCUUGAGAGUGGUGCUUACGGAAAUUAUAGAGAUUUUAAUGAUGAUAUGGAGUUAAUAAAGACGAACUGUCAUCUUUAUAAUCCGCCAGAUCACGCUAUUCGCAAAGAUUGCGACGAAGUUUUUGAUUUUUACCAUGGAGAAUAUAAUAAACUGUUAGCAAAUUAUGAAAAUGUAGGUUAA